AGGAGGAGGUGCGGACCUCCUGAAUCUGCUGUUUUAGAAAGUUCAGAGGAAGAGUGAAACCCGAGCUGCUCCUCCUCCUCCUGCUGGACUAACUGGAACCAGAUGGUGAAGCUCCAGCUUGUUUUCCCCAGACUGCAGCGGCUGCAGCCCGGACCCAGCGAGCGGAGACCCGGACCUCCUGGAUGAAGCUGCUCCUCUUCCUCGCCAGGUGGAGGUGAAGAAGUGAAGCCGCUCCACAUGCGGCGCCUCCUCUUCCUCAGGAUGCUGCUGCGGCGGCACGCGUGCGCGGCCCCGCUGGUUCUGCUGCUCGCGCUGCUUUACCUCUGCUACCAGACCCUGAAGGUGGACCGGAACCGGAACCGGAGCGAGUCGGAAGAGAUGGAGACUAGGAGAGUGAUCUCUGCUCUGGACGCCCUGCAGGAGGAGACGCAGGUCCGGCGGCAGGCCGUGGUUCUGAUGGGUCGCCACGGCCCAUCGGACCCUGAGGUUGUGCUGCACCAGCAGGUUCUGCAGCAGAUGGGAUAUCAGGUCCAUUUGACCCGGUUCGCUGAAACCAGCAGCUUUCUGAGGAUACAGAGCAAUGUGAGUGGGUGGAGCCUCCUGCUGUGUCUCAGUUCUUCAGAGCCGAGCUGCUUGAGGAGGAUCAGAUUCUCACAUCUGCAGCAUCAGAUGGUGAACCUGCUACCUGAGCUGAUGGAGGCGUUUUCAGAUGCAGGUGAAGGUCGAUGUCGCUUCUAUCUGCAGCUGACAGAAGCUGAUCUUCCCAUGAGGCCUGUGUCCUGUGGGUCGUCCAAUCAGAAGCCUCCCUUUGCUCAGAACAGGCCCAGCCACGCCCCCUCUCCUGCUCUGGUUGCCAUGGUGAAUGUCUUUGUCCUGGUGACCUCUGUGACCCCUCUGACAUCAUUCCUGCAUGACAUCAUCGUGGUGAAGGCCAGCGAGAACGACCCGGGCCAGCAGACCCAGAUCAGAACCUUCCUGCUGCAGCGGUUCGGGCCGGCCUCGGCCCGGCUGGCCUGGAUCCAGGUCCAGAGGGCAGUGGUGGCGGUGCUGCAGGUGGCGUCGACCAAUCAGGAGCCUGCAGCGGGCGGCAGCUGCCUGCUGUGCUUCCAGCUGCUCACCUUCACUCUGAUGUUCAGCGGCGCCGCCUCUCCUGCUGUGGUCCAGGUGGACCCGGGACUCAGCGUCCCGUCUCAGGGUGAGGACGCCUUCAGAGGACAGAUCACCAGAGACCGGGUCCUGGAGGACAGUCUGCGCCUGCUGCUGCCGCUGCCCACACACCUGCAGACGCACCGGGCCUUAGAAACCCUCAGGCGGCAGUACGGUGGCUGCAGAGGGACACACGGCAGCUGUUUGAACCAUGACCACUUCCUGUUCCUGCUGCGCUUCCAUCUGCAGCUGCAGAUGCCGUCAGCCUUCCACCUGCUUCAUCCCUCCUCUUCCUCCUCUUCGUCGCCCCCCCCCAGCCUGCUCCUCCUCCUCCUCCUCAGGAUCAGUCGGCACCACGACCUGCAGAGCAACAGAGAGGCCAACCCACCGACCAAUCAGCAGCCAGCAUUGGGGUCACCUGGAGGGUUGUGUUUGGACCCCCGCUUGAGGCAGAUCUACUCGGAGCCGCCCCUAAGCCUGACUCCGCCCUUUAGCCCUGCCCUGAAGGAGUACCGGGCCGAGGUUCCCUUCGACACAGUGAUGGUUCGGAUCCGACCGGAACCGAUCAGCGCCGCCUGCGUAGUCUGCCUGGACAACCACCGAGGACCCAGGACGGCCAACUUCCCGGUCGGCAUGGGAACCAGCCAGAUCAGCAUCCUAGUGACGGACGGGGCGGAGCCUCGUCCCGUCGUCAUGACGAUCUACACAGUCCACGUUUACCGUGAGAGCCGGCCCAGCCUGCCGGCGUUCGGGGACCAUGUGACCUGCAGCUUCCUGCAGGACUGCGGCAUGCGGGUCCAACCGGGUCGGUCCUGCGGUCUCCAGCCUCACCUCCCGCCCCAGAGUCCCGUCCAGCCCUGCAGCUCCGGACACGUCCCAGGUAACGUGUCCGCCGUCCGUCUGUCCACUCCCAACAAAACCAGGCCGAGUCGCUCCUCAAUAUGGGAAAGACCAGAGAACACAAUGCUACGCGCUAAAGAAGGUACUGCUAAAGGAGGCGGAUCCAGGCGCACAGGCUGGAGCAGGUCUCUCCUGGUCUCAAUAGCAACCGUUAGACUAUCUCUACAGUCAGGAGGAAGAUUUUCCUACCAUCUUAAAGGUCGUUGGGUCGUCCCCUGCCUCAGCUGCUCCGACAACAGGACCUGUGAUUGGAGGGAGGUCACCUGGCAGCCAGAUGACUGCUACCACCCGCCAGUGCGGCGCCCCCUGCUGCAGGACUGCAUGUCACACAGGAAGGUGAUGUUCAUCGGGGACUCCACCAACCGCGGGAUGAUGUUCUUCCUGAUGGAGCGGGUCAACGGCAGCCUGCAGGACUGGGGCAGAGCUCACCACACGCUGCUGUACCGCAACCUGAACCAGCGCCGCACACAGGUCAGCUACUCCUACUAUCCCCGCUUCUGGCUGGAGGGGAGCCAGAGGCCCACCUUCAGGCAGGCCCUGCUGCAGCUCAUCAACAGGUCUCGGCCGCUGGAGAACUCCAACCAGACGGUGCUGGUGGUGGGCGGAGUCCAGUGGCUCAACAGCAACCAUCUGAGGACGGUGCAGGACGUGUUGGACAGGGAGUCUCUGAGUGAGGUCCUGGUGGUGGUGAAGUCUCUGGGGAUGGGCUUCCACCUCCCUGUAGACGGCAUCCGGUCUCUGAGCCUGACGGAGAUCCGAGGCCUGUUCAGAGACAACGCAGAGCUGAUCUCCACGGCCAGACGGCUGCGCUUCGAGGCCGUGGACACCUUCAGCAUCACCAUGGGCCGCUACAAAGAGUUCCUACAGGGCCGCUGCGCCUGCCACUUCCAUGAGGUGGAGAAGCUCCAAUCCUCCGACCCUCCAGACAGCGAGGCGUCCACCAGGAAGAAGCCCGGAACCAGAACCGGCAGCCAUUCCGUGCUGGAUACAGAACAGGAAGACGGGUCGAAGGCUCCGACCUUUCGGGUUCGCGGGGCGGUGAACCAGGUGUACUCCGAGAUCCUGCUGAGCCGCAUGUGUCCCGGGAACAGGUGAGAGUCACCUGUCUCCUCCGGGUCAGCACCGCCGGGUCAGCGUUCGCUUCUCUGAUGUUCCGGGAUGAACAUGGAAGUCCUACUGACUGGGAAGGGAACCGUAUAUGGAAAUACUUCAAGUUUGAUGAGGAGGAUGCAGAAAAAUCCUCAAAUAAUGAGAAACUCAAAAUAUUCCAAGAAACUUAAUUUCAUUAAAACUUCCUCUGAUGGGAAGUUUCACAUUCCCAGAAGUUCUGAAGACUUUCAUUCCCUAGAAGAUUCCGACAUCCAACAAAAACUUUUCGCAGAUUUUCCAACAGAAAGCAUUUUUCCAUCCAGGUUUCAUUUUUCCCAGCAGAAGCUGAUCCAGGGUUCAUAAUUCCAGGAUUUUCCAGGCUUUUCCAGGCAUUCAGCAGGCAGCUGCUGGUUCUGCUGCAGCCCAGAGGAACAUCGGACCGAUCCAGGUCGCUGCAGAACCGAAUCCAGUAAAGGAAUUUUGGUGGAAUCAGAUUUUCCAUCUGCUGGGAAUAAAUCUGGAACUCUGACCGUUUUCCUUCCUCGCUCCGACCCGGAACCCGACCCAGAGUUCCAGAACCGGUUUCAUUUCAUCCAGGUCCCAUCAAAUCCGACCGGAUGCUCAUCAGAACUCUCAGCCGGGUUCUGAUGGUUCCUGGUUCCGUCCAGUAUGGACAUAGAACUCAGUGAUUUGGACCGGCCCGGUUCUGAAGGUUUCCAGCUUCCAGAACCAACAGCUACUCCAGGUCCAAAUAAAGGAACGGCUGGUGGACCAGCAGACAUGUGACACGUCUGGUUCUGGUCUGAUUGGACCUUAUGGUUCUGUUUUAUUCUUCUCCAGAUGAUUCUGCUGCUUAGCUGUGCGGUUCUGUUCGGACCACCUGUGGUUCCGGUUCUGUUCAUGGAUCUAAGAUUCCUCUGCCGCUAAUAAAGUUUUUAUUCUCUCUU